AUGGCAACGCCGGAGGACGUGAAAGCGGACAAGCCAGGCUUCUUCGCCGCCGAUGUGCACACGGCGCUGCGCCAGCGGGCCGAUUGGCUGGACGGCUUGGGCGAGACGGCCAUUCUGGACGCCGACAACCUCGACUCGGAUGACAGCGAGCACUGGGAGGGCAGCACCACCGCGGCGAAGGAAGAGCCCGCGGCCUCCGAAGCCGAGGCAGCGGACGCUGGGACCAGCACCACCACGGCCACCACGCUCAAGGGGUCCUUGUCUGAUCUCCUGGCAGCCGGCUUUGCCAGAGUUGAGUGCGAGCCCCUGGAUCUUGCGGGCGCGCGCGAGCGCUUUGCGCGGCUCGACAAGGUCUCCGCACCCGUGGUCCUUGAAGGGCGUCCGGAGCCUCCUGCACGGAGGCUGCAGCGAUUAAAGACCGAGGUGGCCACCCUGGCCAGCUGGGCCGAGCACCAAAGCAGUGCCGAAGCUGGCCAGACCGCCACGAGGCUUUGUGACGAGGUGCGUGCAGUCGCCGAAGACAUGAAGUCCGCUCAGGACACGGCGGAUCCGCAGCGCAUCUGGCUACCGCCGCCGGAUGGAGAGGACCUUCGGCAAGUCUGCCGACUCGCAGCCAUGGCGCCAAGGCCGCAGCCGAGGGCGCAUGGAGAAGGCGCAGCCGAUCCGGUUCCGUACACGCUGACUGCGCCCUCUUCGGGCUGGCUUCUUGCGGCGCAGGCCGAGGCAGUAGAAGACCUCGAGGCAAGGCUCGAAGCCGUUCGCGCGUCACUGGGGCCGGCGGAGGAAGCUGAGGCGCUGGGUGACAGCUUGGCAGCUGCCACCUCGCGGCUGUGGCAGAGGUUGCAGUGGCUCGAGGAGAUCACUGGCGGCGGCGCCUGCGAGCGGCUUGCGGCGUCCGCAGAGCUGCUCUGCACAGAAAUUGACCUUGCUUCAGCAGAGGCCUCGCGGUUAGAGGCCCUGGAGGCAGAGCAGGAGAAGGAGGAGGCAGAGCUGAUCAAGCCCGUGUCCCCUACUUCCAAGCAACUGGCUGAAGAGGUCACGGCCAGCGUGGAGACGACUGAGGCUCAGGUGCAUCGCCUUUUUGAACAAGUCGCCGGUCUCGAUGCUGCAUCGGCUCGCGUGGCCGAAAUGACAAAGCAGCUGCAAGGCCAGGACGCUCUGCGGCUUCACCUGGAAACCUUCGCCGCCGAGUUGGCGCAGGCGGAGGCGCGCUGCGCGACGGCUUCGAGCACGCUCGGCUUAGCCGCCACGGCCGCCGGUGCCCUGAAGGAAUCUUCCAAGGCAUGCACCGAGCAGAUCCAGCAGGGUGCCAAGUCUCUGGAGGCGAAGAUUUCGCAACUCAAGGGCAAGGGUGCCUGA